AUGUCUGUCGCAUGCGCUGUGGCCUGCAAAGCGCUGCUGUUGCAGCCCAGGAGCGAGAGGGACUCACUGACCAAGGCGAUGCGCAAGGGGCCGUGACGAGGCGACGGGGAGGGGGAGCGGAAGCAGGAGCAGCUGCUGUGGCUAGGAGAGUGUGGGGGCGGUGAGCGAGAGGUGGAGGCGAUGGCACUUCCGAGCGACGAAUGGCGGCGGCAGCCGCAGGAGUCGAAGGUGUUGGCGGCGGCCACGGUAGUCAGGGCAGAGGAGGAGCGGUUGGAGCGGGAGCAUUUCCGGAGGAUCAUCAACGCGUUCCGAUACUACGGAACUAAUAUGCAUGAACGGGUGAACAGAACAGAGAGACAGUUUAGAUCUCUCCCAGAUAACCAACAGAGUCUUCUUCCUCAAUUCCUUCCUCACCUUGAUAAGAUUCGGAAGUGUGUUAAUCAUAAUCAAGAGAUACUACAGACCAUUGUCGAUGACUGCAUUCAUAUGUUUGAAAACAAAGAAUAUGGAGAUGGAAGAGGGAAGAUUACACCAGCUUCGACGUUUGACAUGGAUAAAUUAAAAUCAACUUUGAAACAAUUUGUGAGAGACUGGAGCGAAGAGGGGAAGCCUGAGAGAGAUUCCUGCUACCAGCCAAUCAUUAGUGAAAUUGUAAAGAACUUUCCAAAAGAAAGAUGGGAUUUCUCCAAAGUUAAUAUCCUGGUACCUGGUGCUGGGCUAGGUAGAUUGGCGUGGGAAAUAGCUAUGCUCGGUUAUGCUUGCCAAGGAAAUGAAUGGAGCCUCUUUAUGCUCUUUUCUUCUAACUUUGUACUCAACAGAUGCUCUGAAAUUAACUCAUGUAAGCUUUAUCCUUGGAUUCAUCAGUUUAGCAAUAACAAAAGAUCUGCUGAUCAGAUACGACCAAUUUAUUUCCCUGAUGUUGACCCUCACAGUCUUCCUUCUGGUUCAAACUUCUCUAUGACAGCAGGGGAUUUUCAAGAAAUUUACUCUGAGUGUAAUACAUGGGACUGCAUAGCAACUUGCUUCUUUAUAGAUACAGCACAUAACAUUAUUGAUUAUAUUGAUACAAUAUGGAAAAUACUAAAGCCUGGAGGAAUAUGGAUAAACGUAGGUCCUCUCCUUUACCAUUUUGAAAACUUGGCAAAUGAACUUUCUAUAGAAUUAAGCUAUGAGGAUAUAAAAAAUGUUAUACUGCAGUAUGGAUUCCAUAUAGAGGUGGAGAAAGAAUCUGUAUUGUCAACAUACACUGUGAAUGAACUCUCCAUGAUGAAAUACUACUAUGAAUGCGUGUUGUUUGUAGUGAGAAAACCAGAAUAGAAGUGGGUUUGGAUAGGUUAAUCAGAAAGAAAUGCUGGCUCAAAUGCUAAAAUUGAGAACAAAACAGACUGGGUGAUGUCUGGACAAAUCAGUGGUGCCU